AUGAGCGGUUGUACAGCUGUAAAGUGUUCAAAUACACGUAGUAAAGGUUUUCGUCUUUUUCGGUUUCCAAGAGACCCUAAUAGACGAAAAAUAUGGUUACAAAAUUAUCAUCGUGACAAAUGGCAGCCUACGAAUCAUUUUGAGUUGUGUGAAGACCAUUUUGAAGAAAGACAAUUUGAACAGCAUCGUCUGGAUGGCUUACAAAAACUGAAACCAAACGCAAUACCAACACUGUUUGAUAUACCGAAUCCACCUCACUUGUUGGAACCCAAAAGAAAAUCUUUGUAUAAGUUGAUAGAAAGCUUAAAAAUGUCUGACGAAUUUGGCAAAUUAGUGUUUACAAAAGUGAAGGACUUGACUGGAGCAACUCUUGGAAUAGUCAGCUGGAUUAAAUUGUUUGGAGAUUAUCUAAUGCUGCUUUAUGGAGCUAUAGAGGUAUAA